ACCACCCACCUCUUCCGUCGAUGCUACCUCGCUCGCUAGCGUACGCGCUACAUUCCGAGAACCAAGCUCCGUUUACAAAUCCGCUCUGUUAUGGUUGUUUUCGGAUGUUUUCAGUGGUAAAUAAUCGCUUGCGCAGAAAUCUAAAUAUUUUCCGUGUCUGUGACACAGAGACAUACGUUCGGGGAACCACGAGCCGCGAUGGUCGUUGCUUUGAUAGUAACAACUGUAUGUGUCGAUAGUAAUGCCGCUCAUCUCAGCGGCGUUUAAUGAUCAUAUUUAAUGAUCAUAUGAAUGAAACUCGGGGAUUUAUCGCGAUCCGUUUCUUGGCUUGUGAUUGGUAUCACAGUGGUUUAAUCGAUCACGUAUUUCCUCGAUUAAUGAUUUUUGGUCUAUAUAUACGUGGGAAAUGACGAUUAAAACCUUCCAAGUUGACGACUUCCCCAAAACCUUUACCGUCAUGGAGGAGCAAAGAAAAACAAUAACAUAUUCACAUUUUUUAAAAACAAAUAGAAAACGCACAAACACUCAAACGGAGUCGAAUCCCAAAGCACGGCCCGCGGCCUCCUAGUGGCCCGUGGCAGUGCUGCAGGUGGGCCAUGAAAGAGGAACAGGCCAGGAACCGGUUCCAGGCAGAGCUGGAGUUCAUCCAGUGUUUGGCGAACCCAAACUACCUGAACUUUUUGGCUCAGAGGGGUUUCCUCAGAGAGAGAACCUUCAUCAACUACCUGAAGUACCUGCUCUACUGGAAGGAACCUGAGUAUGCCAAGUUUCUCAAGUACCCCCACUGCCUGCACAUGCUGGAACUGCUGCAGUACGAGCACUUCAGGAAGGAGCUGGUGAACGCCCAGUGCGCCAAGUUCAUCGACGAGCAGCAGCUGCUUCACUGGCAGCACUACUCCAGGAAACGCACGCGGCUGCAGCAGGCGCUCGCUGAGCAGCAGCAGCAGGCGCAGCAGCCACCGCACGGCAACGCCGCCGCCAAGUGACUCUGCCGCCAGCCAUUUCAUUUGGGUUUUGUACAUAAAGGAUAUGUUUGUGUGAGGGCGGGACAUGGACACGGCACUGAUCACGUGACAUGGGCUCUGCUGCGUCGCUCUGACACGUGUGGAUCUCGACUCAGCUACUUUUGCCUUUUACAGUGAAUAAAUAAAUAGUUUGUUUGA